CUCGAGCUCAUCGCCGUAGACAGUGACCGCGCACAUCUCGCCACUCCUCUCUCAGAUAUUGUGAAUAUGGCGUCCGAGGAGCCCUUAUUCGACCCGUCGCUGAAGAAGCGCAAGAAGAAGACUGUCGCGUUCUCGGAGGACCCGCUCGGUGCUGAAGCCGAUCCCACUGCCCCUCCGCCUGCGACGAUCGACGAUACGACGGCCAAUGGCGAGGCUGUGGAUAUGGGCCCCAAGACGAUGCAUGAGCAGAUGAAGCAGAACGGGGAUGUGGUUGCUGAGGACGGUGCUGAGGAGAAGCAGGAGGAUGAUGACUUGAAAGCGAUGUUUGGUGAUUUGAAGAAGAAGAAAAAGAAGAAGGAUAUUCCCAUGGACUUGCUAGAGGAUAACUCGGGCACGUCGACGCCUACCGCUGUGCCUAACGCUGUGCCAGCUGCAACUGAGGAUCUCGACUUCUCUGACCUCAAGAAGAAGAAGAAGUCGACGAAGAAGAAAGCAGCUCUGGACAUGGAGGCAUUUGAAAAGGAGCUGAAUCAGGCAAAGGCGAAAGAUGCUGAUGAAGAAGAGGGCGGCGAGGAUGCUGCCGCCGAGGUUGACGAGGUGGAGCUUGGCGAUGACCCGUUCGCGCGAAACGAGGGCACUGUGAGCAUGGACGUAGGCACCGAACCAUGGCUGAGCAGCGAUCGCGACUACACAUACCAGGAGCUACUUCAACGAUUCUACGUUCAACUGCACGCAUCCAACCCUGCCCUGCUUAACUCUGCAGGCAAACGUUAUACCAUCGCGCCUCCGCAGAUUCUGCGCGAAGGCAACAAGAAGUCUAUCUUCGCUAACGUCUCUGACAUCUGCAAGCGGAUGCACAGGCAGCCAGAACAUGUCAUCCAGUACAUGUUCGCAGAAAUGGGUACCACCGGCUCCGUCGAUGGUUCCGGUCGGCUGGUCAUCAAGGGUCGCUUUCAGCAGAAGCAGAUCGAGCACGUCCUCCGUCGGUACAUCGUCGAAUACGUUACGUGCAAGACGUGCAAAUCUCCCGACACUCUCCUCUCCAAGGAGAACCGUAUCUUCUUCAUGUCGUGCGAGUCUUGCGGGUCAAGGCGUUCCGUCGCCACCAUCAAGACCGGUUUCCAAGCCCAGGUUGGGAGGAGAAGCAAAAACAAGACCGGUUGAUUGGUCAGGCUUGGGAGGAUGCUGUAGCCUAUCGUGCCCCGCGCAUAUGUACUUACUGCAUUUCAUCGCACUGACACUGUAUACUACCUGACAUUGGAGCAACGACUCACGGAGAGAAAGCUCGGCGUAAUGGCAAGCCCAUACGCGUGGCGCACGAAUCAUCGCCGCACAGAAGACGAUUGUCGGACAAG